AUGUUACAUCCUCACCAGCAACCCCUAGAAACCUACUUACCGACACACGAUUACUACUAGUUUAGAUUCAUAUCUUCUGUUUUCCAGUAUCUUAGAGAAAUCCACUUUACCUACAAUCAAUCCAUCCCCUUCAAUCAUAUGAAAUAUGUAAUUAGAAAAAACCAUCUAUGAUAGAUAUAAUUUUUUCCAAUUCUUUUAUUAAACUCAUAGCCUUGAUUAAUAUAAACACCAAUAUCAUUUAUGUAAACUCGAACUCGGAGAAUUUCUUGAAACGAAGAGUCUCGUUAUAUUGAGAAUAAGGACAGCUACUUCCCCCGAGAACCUAGAACCUCCCCUCAUCGCUUGGACCACUUACCCAAUCGACUCGCACCAUGAAAACCCUAAACAAAUCCCAGAAAACCCAAGAACUAUCAGCCAAUGAAACCACCCUCUCCAGCAUCCCGCCAAACUAAACUAUCCCUUCUUUUCCAAAUUACGAACCUUCCUUUUCGAGUCUAGAUCCUAUUCCAUCUCUUCUAUCCAGAACCUCCAAGAAUAGAACAUCUCUCCAGAAUAAAAAACAGUUAUCUCAGGAUCAUACAUUCAGUCUUAAAACCGUUAAGAAUUCAAUCAAAGAAAUUCAAAGAGUGCGAGUGUAAAAUCAAGAUCACUGUAUUAAACAACAUAAAGUUAAAUCCUGUAAAUAAAAUCAAAUCUGUUGUCCAGCUACAAUAGUAAAAAAUAACCAAAGAUCAAGAUUUGACCUUUGCAAUAAACUAAAAUUUACUUGAAUUUGUACCUAAAUAAUUAUUUCAACUACGCUUAGUAGUGGCUGACAAACCCACAUCUACCUUUAGUUAGAGUUGUUAAAUUGAUACGAUAACUAUCUAUCGACCUAUCAUCGAAGACGUAACAGCUCUAUCUAUAAUAAAUUUGGUGGCAGCGGAUUUGGAAUCGUCAGCCGGAAAUAAUUAAUUAAAAAACAUCAAGAUACCAGGAUUGACGAAAUUAACUCUUCGAAGAACAAGACUCCUGCACUGAAAAUUAUUAACACUAAUAACUAAAAGAAAUACUGAAUCUUUGUGACUGAUCAUCCCCAUAUUCCACGUCAAAGAAGAAGAAGACGUUCAACAAGAUCAUCGACAAGAAAAACUACUCGAUUUCAUCGAUCCUGAACCUGAUCCAUCGCCGCUCAACGGACAUCGCAUCGCUCAAGAGACAGUGUUAAGCCCAGCUCAACACUUCUGCCUACCACAACGCACACAGAUAUACAAGCUCUUUCAACACAUCUGCAAUCGUCAUACCAGCUGCGUAAAAUGGCAGCAUUGCUAAUACUACUCUCAACUAUGAUUGCAACGGUCAACUGUCUAAUAGGAUUCGAUUGUACACACGGAAAAUUGAACGUCACUACAAUUAACCUGUUGGAACCUGUAACCUGCAAUGUCCCUGAAGUACAACCCCAGGAAGAGAAAGUCUACGCUCAAUUACUACAACUAACGGAAUUCCGCACUACAGAUGCCAUUCAAUGCCGAAUAGAAAUAGACAGAACGGUGUAUCAUUGUGGGAUGCAUUCCCACGUUUCAUUGGUCGAACUUGGACGACAGAAGUAUAUUAAAUUCACAUCUAAAGAAACUUGCCAUCGACUAUACAGAGAAGGAAGUAUCGAAAUCUGGCCUGGGAAAUUCCUAAAUAACAUUCCACAAAAUGCCACAACCAGGCGUUCGGUUACCCUCAGUGGAGGACUCGCUACGGACGGAUCCUGCCAACCGGGAUUCUUCGAUGACCAGUAUGGACAAUGGACUAGCGUGGUAGUACAGGCUAUUGUAAAAAUAUCAGUCACUAAACAAAAAGCCACGAUAAAACUCAAUAAUGACAAAAUAGUAUUCCAAACCGGAUUAACUUGUGAUUUUUCAACCGCGUCAUGCUCAGACGAAGAAGGCGGAAAUCUGUACUGGGAGGUAGUUCCCGAAGAUAAUUGCAAAUUCACAUCAUAUGAUGUACUUCAUGAAGGCUAUAUAACCAGGGUACAAGCAUCAGAGCAAGAACCCGUUGUGUAUUCAAUUACAUCUCAGGACAUCACUUUUGCGUUAAUUAAAACCACAGAAGUAAGAAUUUGUGGCUAUUCACUCUUCAAAACAGAACACCCAAAAUUAUUCAUCUUUGAAACCAGCCAAGGGAACACGUUCAAAACAAAGGGGACGUUACCCAUCGAGAGCAUCGACAUCUUCACUUAUGUAAACUCAAAAUUUAUCUACGUAGAAAAGCAUAUCCGGCAACAAAUGACGGAAUUGUAUAAAGAUGUCAUUUUACAAAAAUGUGAAUUGGAAAAGCAAGUAUUGAAAAAUAGCCUGACACUCGCAACCAUACUACCGGAUGAAUUUGCCUAUAACGUAAUGGGAGGACCAGGACAUAUGGCAACCAUUGCUGGAGAAGUGGCUCAUAUUGUCAAGUGUAUACCUGUAUCUUGCGCAGUAAGGGAAACACAGGACUGCUACACGGAACUACCCGUAACGAUAAGGAAUACUUCGUACUUCUUAAUACCGAAAUCUAAAAUCCUAGUUAAGAAAGGUACACAGGUCGAAUGCAAUCGCAUAUUGGCACCCAUGUACCGGAUCGACGACGUAUGGUAUAGAUUCACCCCGCAUCACGAGGAAGUUCUGCCACCCAAGGCUCUACAGCAUCAAACACAAUACACCUGGAAAUUCAUUGACACGGAAACACUGGCAAUCAGCGGUAUUUAUGGACAAAAAGAUAUUGACCGAUUCCGAGACCAUCUUCUUUUUCCUGCAGAAAGACCAGCUAUCCUAAAUAAUCUCGCUAGAGGAAUGACAGGAAAAGAGACACGAGCUGACGGAAGUUCAAUAUACAACCUAUUCAACGAACAAAUAUUCGAGCAAAUCGCUGACUCCACAUACCGUAAAGUAUGGGGAGGAUUUAUCACUUUUGGUUCAGCAACAGCAGGCAUUAUGGGAAUAUUAAUAGUUAUUAGAAUCAUCAAGUUAGUGGUUGACACUAUCAUACAUGGUUACACCUUACACCAAGUCUAUGGAUGGAGUUUGAAACUACUAGGCUCACUAUGGACAUCGGUGACUCACCUUCUUGUCUAUAUGGGACAUCAAAGUACACAAGCCCAAGAUAAGAAAGACGUUGAAAAGGACGAGAGACUGCAGCCAGCAAUCAGUCUUCCAUCGGCAGCACCACCAGAAGAAGAAGAACACCUUUAUCCACAACUAGUGCAACUGAGAAAUAACAUGGAAAGCGGAAUAACUAACGGAGUUCGUUAUUCCAAUAUAAGGGGGGAGGUGUAACAUCCUCACCUCCGGCCGGACGUUUUUUCACUUCCACGUUAUUUCACUUCGAUAAAAACUAACUUCGCGUUUGCGUAUGAAUACUACUUUAUAUAUAAAUAUACUCUCUUUAUUUUAUAUCAUUAAUAAUUAUAACCGUAUAUAAACAAAUGCACUUUAUUAUAAAAAUAAUACAAAGUAUAAACUACGAAACACUGUCACUUGAAUAAUACAAAGUAUAAGUUAUAGAAAACUGUCACUAUACGCACUCGCGACGACAACCCUUGCGACCGUCCCGUACAAGGACGAACUCAAGACUGGCCCAGGUAGCGACGCAAAGGUAGCAGCGUGCCCAACGAUCAUGAUUCAUCGCCAGGUGCAACUCCAACUCGAAAACAAGACCAUAAAACAAAACACGAAAACAAGGUCAUAAAAGGGAUUGGUGACUCCAGCGACCAACAGCCAAGGAUGACUCACCGUCCAGGUACAAGCAAGAAACGAAAACAAGGUCAUAAAACCCUUAGACGCGGUCCGCGCGACCCCUUCACUUACCUGAGGACCUUCAGUCUACCUCUGGCCACCAAAGCGAGCACACCGGAGCUCCUCACCUGAAAACAGAAAAGUGUUAGUUGCGUGCACCCCAAGUGAACUGUCAGACUAUCGUAUCCCAACUAAAGUGUUAUCUGUGGCAUACUGAACUAGGUGAACAAUUGUUAUCUAGUAUAAGUGCAUAUUGUUUAAUCAGAACUCUGAACUAUAUUAUUUAACUAAAAACCUUGAACAUUCGAAAUUAUAUUUGUGAAGCGUGGACUUGGGUCCCAGGAAUGCAAACUAUAAACAUCGCUGAGACGACCACGCCACUCGAUAUCUAAACGUAAACACAUUUCGGCAGAGCGCGGUCACGUAGGCACGGCUUCCCCUUGCCCCGCGACUCCACAUAUCAUUUCUUUAUAUACUGCAUAAGAAGCAGGGUUAAGAGCGUAAAUUAAUCAGUACUAGUUCAGAGCUCAAACCGAGCAGUUCGACUCUUAGGAGUCAUUUUCUAAAUCUCAUACUCUUAGGAGUAUUGCUAAAUCCAUUUAUUCUUAUAUUUAUAACCAGUUAAAAGUAACCUCAUAUUAUAUUCAAGUUUUCUAUUAUAAAAUAUAAUCCAAGUUAAACUAUAUUCAACUAUAAUUAUUCAAAACCCUACUUACCCGCAACGAGGAACAAGAAGUCUCCAGCUCAGGACCAAGCAGCAGCGAACAUCAUGCCUGAAACCCGUAGAUGACACCGGGCAGGUAGACGCUUCAAAGCUAAAAGAACUAAGGCCGCAAUCAGGACCGCUAUUCGCACGGCCUUAAGAGAAGCCAAACGUCAACAGCCGCCUCCAGCCGAAUCACCGAGAUCCCCAUCACCGGUAAUAGAACUACCUAGGGCGCCCAUUCCAGAAUAUAGAGAUCAGCACGGGCAACCUAUUGAAGCAGAAUUAUACAAUUAUAUACAGGAAUAUUUAGAUCAGUCACAGGACGACGAGGGUUACCAAACCUCAGAUACAGAUAUUAUUCCCCCUUGUCUCCGGGCUAUACCAAUUGCGCAAGCACGGGCUUACCAAUAACCCGCUACGCCCCUACCGUUCAUAAAUUCACGCAUAGCUAACCUGUGUAUAAUGUUAUUUUGUGAAAUAUAAAUCUUUUGUUAAACGAA